GGGAAAUAACUCUAAAUUUUGACCUAUAUUUUUCUUGUUUACAGAUGAAAUGUGUAAAUAACUAAGCUCUCUGUUCAGUAUUUGAAGGUUAACAGAUGGUUGCCAUGUCAACUGCUCGUCAUGGCCAUGCCACUGUAGUGUUAGAGUGCCAUGAUCAUUGCAAGGAAAGUGAAUAUGGUGCUGCAGAGGUUGUGACCUUGAAACAUUCUUACCCUUUAAAAGUUCUGGUACCAGAGCACACAGGGAACCCAAAAUGCAAGUGGAUCUUUCCCAUUGUAUUUGGAGGGGGACUUGUAGGAGGUGACAAUGUGGAAAUAACAGUAGAAACCAAACCAAACACAUGUGGUUUACUCACUAGCCAAGAAUCUACAAAGGUCUACCAUUGUGAAGAUGAUCUACUUACAACACAGAAGAUGAAUUAUAUCGUUGGCGAUAACUCAUUAUUGUGUGUUCUACCUGAUUAUUGUGUGUGUUAUAAAGAUGCAAACUUUCUACAAACACAAAAUGUGCAGAUGUCAGAGAGUGGUAACAUUAUACUGUUAGAUUGGAUGACAUGUGGUAGAUCUGCUCUACAGGAACAGUGGGUCUUUUUAAGGUUUUUAAAGUGUAAAUUCAGAAAAUUUAUCUUAUUUUAUAUGAUUUGUAGCUAUAAGAACAAUGUACAGAUAGAUGUAGGUUCUGAUACGGUUUAUAAAGACAGCAUCCAUCUACACGAUGUACCAGGAUUAAAGAUGAAAUCAUCCAUGAAAAAUUACCAGGUAAUGGGAACCUGUAUUAUUCUUGGGAAGAGAUUAAAAGAGUUAAGCAACAGUUUAUGCAAGCAGUACUCACAACCAGGAAAAUAUGGGGAAAGUGUAAAAACUGAUGUGAUCUGUACAGUCAGUACUUUACAGAGAGGAGGGAUGUCUGGGGUAUAUUUAAGAUUCCUAGCCAUUAAUACAGCACAGGCUUAUACAGUGAUAAAAGAAAUUGUUGAUCCUCUGCUUCCUUUGUUGGGUGCUGAUCCCUUCCAAAAUAAAUAUGGAUGAAAUAUAUGUCAUGUGACAAAAGACUUGCUGCUCAAGAUUUCAUCGUCCUGCCAAGAACUUUUAAAACCAUUCCAAUAAGUUUUUUAAUAGUCUUGUAUUUCUAAUCAACAUAUUUCUAAUCAAUCAGAAUUAUGUGUAACUAUUCAAUUGAUCUUUUCUGCAUUUAUUCCUAUUGUAAGUUGAUUAUAUAUUUUUUAAGAGUUUUUAUAAGUUUAGUAGGAUAUAUUUCACUAUGG